GUGCAUAUUUAUAUAUCUCUCUUCCUCCUCCUUUCUCCUUCCUCACUUUUUCUCAGCGUCUCACCAAUUUCUCCGUGUUUCCUUUCUCUUCAGGUAAUAUUUUAACGAAUUGCUUUGUAUCAUGGGAUCCAUUGUUGAUGCUGCUAAUGGAACCGCAAGUGGGAAGAAACCCACUGUUAUUUUUGUCCUCGGUGGUCCUGGAAGUGGAAAAGGUACCCAGUGUGCCUAUAUUGUUGAACAUUUUGGUUACACACAUCUGAGUGCUGGAGAUCUUCUUAGGGCUGAGAUUAAAUCAGGUUCUGAGAAUGGAACUAUGAUCCAGAAUAUGAUUAAAGAAGGGAAGAUUGUACCUUCUGAAGUUACAAUCAAGCUUCUACAGAAAGCAAUUCAGGAAAACGGGAAUGAUAAAUUCCUCAUUGAUGGUUUCCCUCGCAAUGAGGAAAACCGUGCAGCAUUUGAGAAAGUUACUGAGAUUGAACCAAAGUUUGUCUUGUUCUUCGAUUGUCCUGAGGAAGAGAUGGAGAAGCGCCUGUUGGGCCGCAACCAGGGGAGAGAGGAUGACAAUAUUGACACUAUAAGGAAGCGCUUUAAGGUGUUUCUCGAAUCUAGCUUACCAGUGAUUAAGUACUACGAAGCUAAGGGGAAAGUUAGGAAGAUUAAUGCCGCAAAGCCCAUUGAAGCUGUAUUUGAGGAGGUGAAGACAAUUUUUUCUCCUGAAGCUGAGAAGGUCGAAGCCUAGGCAGCAGCAGCGUCGUAAACAGAAUACCGAAAACUCGAUAAAUUGAUCAGGAAGCUGAGCUUUGCAUCUUUCAUUACCAAGGAAGUCUCUGCUUAGCCGUAUUAUUUUUUUCCUUAUUAUUAACCAUAUGAUUUACUGUUAUUAUUAUUAUUACUAUACACCUUUUACCUAUUAUAUAAUUUUUGUUUUUGUUUCAAAAUUUUUGUAUUUGAUGUGGAUUUUUGUUGUUCAAUCCGCGAUUGGCAUAUUGUAAUUUCAUACAAUUAAAUUCAUGCGAUUUUAUAAUAAAUACUAGAUAAAUAAUGAACUAA